AUGAGGUCAGUUUUAAGAUUUUAUUUAAAAAAUUUAUUUUUUUAAACUUUAAUUUUACAUAACUUAAUAUUUUUUAAAAUUAGAUAACAAACUUAUUAAAAAUGAAGGGCUAUGUUUUUCAUAUAAUAUAAAAUGUUUUUCAUAUAUUAUAAAUUUUAACCUAUAUUAUUUUAGUACAAAGCCAGAAGAACCUCCAAAACUUGAGCAACCCAAAGACAACAUAACCGAACAAAAGCGGGUGUUAAGUCGUUCAAACUCGGUGGAUUCGAGCAUCCUGGUAAUUGACGAAGACGUGAAAGACGUCAAAGAAGCUGCUGAUACAACGAUGGAAGACGACGACCUUCCACCAGCUCUAGAAUCUGAAGUGCGAGCUGGAGAGAUGGAACAAGUCCCAGCCUUUGCUGAAUUCUCAAAGACUGAGCCGAGAAGAGAGUCCAUGGUGGGCAAACCUCCGUUGUCAGCUGUGCCAACACCAUCAGUCACUGUGGCUCCAAAUGCUACACCAAUAGCUGGUCCACUUCCAGCAAAUUUCAUUCCGGUAACUAAAAUAUCGGCUUCUGCUGCUACAACUGCCUUGAAUAACCUUAACAAUGCCAAUUCAACUACUACUAGUAAUAUUCCAUCUACUUCGGCUUCAACCUCACCAGUGAAGAAGCCUAGAGCUCCACGCAAGCCUACGAAGAAGCAGCAAGUUCAACAAGCGAUGCCACACCAAAUAAUGACACCGCCUCCAGGACCCAUCUUUCAUCAAGGGAUCCCAAUGCAAUAUAUGUAUGUGAAUCAACAGGGAAAGCUGAUCCUACAACAACCAAUGCCACGGGCAGUCCAGAUGGAGCAGUUUAAGAAUGGCAGUCCGCCGAAUAACAUUCAACGAGUCCAAUAUGUUCAACAGGCAAUGCCACAGAACAAAGGGCAGAUGAAGGUGCAACCCCAGUACUUCCAAAUGCCUCAAGGCUUUAUUGCUCAGCAACAGAUGCGGCCAAUGCAACAACAAAUUCAAGGUAAGAUUUGUUUUUGAGAGGUUUAUUUUAAAGUUUUUAUUUUCAAUUUUUUAAAUUUGUUACCUAAAUUUAAAGUUUUUAAAGGUUUUUACUUGAUUUGGGAUUUUAAUAGAAAGCUCAGAUUUUUUAAAAGCAUAAAUGUUGACGUAGCUACCAAGUGUUCCUCUUGUUGUUGAUGACAAAUUGUUGUAGUAUUUUUUGUACAGUUACCAUAGUAACAAAACAAAGUGGGCGGGAUAAAACAAUUAGACUUUGUAGUAAAAUUAACAUUUACUUUCCUAAAAAUAAUUAUUUCGACGUUCAAAGUUAUCUUUUUACUGCGAACUAGUAAAUAGGGGGUUGGAACGGCGAUAAUAAGUUAUUAUAGCCACUAACUUUAAGAUACUGUUUAUGUUAAGGUUGCCUUGCUUGGUUUUGCAUUAUUAUUUUGGUAUUAUAGUACUUUUUGUACCUAAAAGUUUUAAAAUGAUGUUUAUAUACAUUUUAAAAAGUUUUAAUUUUCAUGCUUUUACGAAAUCUUUUUCAGUUAAAGCCCCUCAACAACUGAACGGAAACCUUGGACGCUACGCGGACUGUCAUCCAGCACAACAUAAUGGCAGACUCGUUAUGGUGAAUUCUAAAAACGAGAUCGUAGGCUACAUAGUGGCGCGAGGCGAUGGAACCGAAGCUCAAACUGUGUUGGCUGAGCCUCCACCGACUCUGUCGCCGAACCCACAAGCUUCUUCUACAAGUGACGACAAAGCGCCUCCGGCAAAGAAGAUUAAAAUGGCCGAAGCGGAGAGUUCGCCCAGCACCUCGGAUAAGGGCAAGGCGCAAGUCCAGAAGAUGCUUAACCUGACUCCACUGAUUACAAUGUCGUUGAGUAGGGAGAGGAUUAAUCAGAUGUGCAAUCCUGUGAUUGCGAAAGAGCAAGUUGUUGCUGAGGAACGGCCUCCGGCUAUUGAGAAACCUCUUUUUAAUGGUGAGUUUGAGUUUUUUUUUGAAAAUUUGGGUUAGGAAUUUCAUAAAAAUUAGCAUACAUACAGCGUUUAUUAUGAGGACACCUUAAAAAAUAGUUAGAAAGUUUAAAAGUCACAUUAUCUUUUGAAAACAUAUCAAUAGGAAACGUAUGAAACACCUAAAUCUAGAUUAACGUGCGAAGUAGAAAUAGUCUAAGCAGAUUAUCCUAUAAUAACAAUAUUGAUGUGUUUGUUUAUUUCUAUGAAAGGACAUUUGGCCGUUCUGCUCACGGAACGUUGGCUAUUUUCUCUUUCUCAACUCCCCUUAUUUUUAUUUUCCACGUUUACGGAGGGGAAUAUAAUGGCGUUCGAAUGAAUCAGAAGUGGUUUUUUGCAAAACAUAUUUCUUGUUUCGGUUUAUUUCAAAGUAUUGCUGUUUUUUGGGUAACAAAUGUUAAACGUUGGGGAUAAAGUUGUAAAAUUUUACUGGUUUUUGUCAAAAACUCAAUAUAAAAGGCAAAAGAGGAGCUUGAAUUACAUAAAAAAGGCAAUAAUGUUACUUUAUCUUCAAUAUUCACUAUUUUCUUUACCUUUAUCUUGAAUAAUAUUUACAAUUUAGUACAGUAACUAAAUAUUGUCUUAUUUCAGUGCCACAACCUUCUGAAGCCGUCUCUAAAACGGUAUUCCACGCAGAAGCUCAAAAAUCGGCCGAAUUUCAGCCAAAACCUUCGACCAAACUCCACAAAAUUCACGGCUUUACUAUUGCUGAACCAACGUUCCAAACUCCAGAAAAGAGUCCGAAGAAGCUUCAGAACUACGUCCUCAGUCCACAGUCAUCAGCACCAUCUACACCAUCUUCACAGAACUCUACGUUUGAGUCCAAGACCUCCUCUAUACCUAAAAAAGAUGAAAAGAAGGAACAGAAGAUGCCGAUUAAAGAAAAAGUGAUUCAGAAGCCUCAAAAGGAAGUUAAGCCUAAAGCAAAGGUUGGCCGCAAGCCUAAACUGGAAAUAACGCCGAAGGUUGACCAGAAGAUCGAGAAGCAUCCUUCGAGUACGCCGAGGAAGAUACCUGAGCAUCUGCAGAAGAAGGUCAAGUCGGCUGGCAACACUCCCAGUGAUAAACCACCGAAACGGAAGAAUCGUGAGGUUGAAGGCCUACUGAAUAUGGACUUUGGACCGGGCAAAAACCCGUUCAAGGUAGGUCAGCCGAAGGUACGACCUUAUAGAAUCUUAGAGUUUUGUUUUAUCGGUUGCUGUGCUUGUGAUGGUAUGAAUUGGUACAGUAAUUGUACUUUAGUACUAACUUUUCUUGAUUUUUACGAUCAUUUUUGUUUGAUCACUUAACUUUUACUAAACUGCGGAGUUUUGGUUGUGUUUGGUUUUUUGGACGAAUUAGUAUAUGAUGUUGACAAUAAUUUUUCAGACCAACAGUGCAGACGCCUUCAGAGAAAACAUUUUGCAAACUCAACAACAAUAUCAGAAACAUACUCAAGGUAAGAUUUUUCUAUUUUUUAAAUGGGCUACUGUUACAAUUUGAUCAUAUUGAUCAUAAUAUAAAAUUACUCAUUUUUGUAGAAAAAAUAGACUUGCUUAAUUACCGAACUUCUAAUUUAUAUUGUUUUAGCUGAAGAACCCACCAAAAUCAACGAAGUCCGUGCUGCCAGCCGCACACCCUCUCAAUCCCGUCGUGGUCGACCAAGUAACGACAAGAAAUCUGAAAAAGUCGAACGGCCGAAACGGUCGAUUCCCAAUUCCGGCUACAAGCAACUAUUUGAAGACGAUUUUGAAGAAGAAGAGAACACUUCAGAGAGUGUUGAUGAGGAUAACAGAAGCAUUUUGUCGCACAACUCCGAACGAGGAUGCAUUUUCUGUCAUAAAGUCAUAACCAACAAGAAGAAUCCUCAAUAUUGCGACAGUACAUGUAAGAGGAAGUAUAGACAGAAGGCGGCAUUGGAAGGGAGGAUGAAUGACAGUUCGGAUGGAGCUGAGAAGGAUCAAACUGGACUGGAACAUAGCGAAUGUAGCUCUACUUCAAGGUAAGAGCUUUGGAGGGAAAAUUGUAAAAUAUGUAUGAUCGAGAGGAAAGGUUUGAUAUGAAAUGCAAAAACGUAUUUUAAGUAAUUUUAAUAUUGUUUUAACUACCAAAAAAUGAGGUUUUACAUUGAAGAAAGUUCAUUUUCACCUAAAAUCAGUAAAAAUUUUAGUAUUUUCAACUUUUUUCUUAUAUUAUGUUACCUAAAAUAAUUAAAAUCUAUUAUUUUACCCAAAAUACUUAAAAUAUUAUCUUCAGCGCAAGCAGACCAUCAUCAGCUAAACCUCAACGAGUUCAAGCACCUGAACCCGUGAUUCAAAAGUCAGAAGGGGUGAAAGCACCACCUGUAGUAGUUCAACCAGUGCAAAAGGUGGCUCCAGAGCCAGUUAAACCAACUGGACUCAAUAUUAAUAAUCUGAAAGAGACGCGCUCUGUUUCUAAAUGGACUGUAAGUUUUAAGAAAAUUUUAUUUCUUGAAAAUUUGAGUUUUGUACUUGCGUUUUGAAGGGGUUUUACCAUUCCAUGGCAGAUAUAGGUUGAGUAUAAAGCUUAAAAGCUUAUGAAAGUUGAAGAAAAAUGCAAAUUUUUAUAAUUCAAUGUUGAAAUAGGUAACAGUUGCUAUAUAAAAACAGUCAUUCUAACAGAGUGUUUCACUUAUUUUUAACUAAAAAAUGAAAACUUUUCUUACCUAAAACAAUAUAAUUUUAGUUGGAAGAAGUGGCAGCUUGGGCAGCGUCACUUGGUUGUAGUGAAGAGGUCAUAAACAUACUCAAGGACCAAGAAAUCGAUGGUGAUGCUCUCGUCGUACUGUUCCAAGAGAAACAGCUCCAAACUGGCCUGUCGCUUAAACUAGGACCGACUGUCAAAAUAGAGCGAGGAUUGCGGGAAAUUUUGCAAAAUCAAAAAGAUCUUAACGUUUUUUGA